UUCUGCCAGCGAGACACGGCGGACAGUCACGGUCGCCAUUAUUCUGCUAAACUGGGGCGAGGUUCGUGCGUUAUGUAAAUAGCUAGUGUUGUAGUAUAUUGCUUGGAUGUAGAUCUAUAUAAAAAAAAAUGGCUGAGUGCUGUUGCUCUGUUUACAUCGCACUACAGUUUAUGUAGAGAGCUUGGGUGGGAAUAUUAUAAGGUGACAUUACAGACAAGCAAUGGCAGACCAUGACGAAGGGGUGACUUCUGGUCUAUCCUACUCCGUACUAGAGGAAGAUGCAGAGACUAGCCAGCCCAGCUAUCGCCCUUCAGCGUUCAUCAACACCGGCCCUGCAGCUAACCGGACCACCCUCAAAGGGUGCCUCCGCGCCACGGUGCCCCACCUCCUUAUCAUCAUCAUCUACCUCGCAUACAUCUUCGGUGGUGGGGGUAUGUUCUUAGCCAUUCAACAGGCAGACGAGGGGGUAAUCCGCGAUGAGAUCGUUCACCUGGUAGGCACGUUUGAAGGGAUGAAACGGCAUCUUGAUGAGCAGUUGAAUGGCACGGGAGUUAAUUUGACGGAUCUUUGGGAUAAGUUCUCACACCUUGCUGAAGCUGGUGUUGCUGAGGAUGCACUCUUUAAGGGAGGACCUGAACUGAAUUAUAUGAGGAGCGUCUUGUACAGCUUAGCAACCAUUUCUACCAUUGGUACAAGUGAAUACGUGGUAUUCUUAAAGAAGGAGCAAGCGGCCCUCGCUCUGUACGCACUAGUGGGUAUCCCCCUCACCAUGUUUUUCCUGCUAGACAUGGGGAACCUCCUGGCACGUCUUGUCGACACCUUGUACUCAAAGUGGUGUUGCAGGCGUGGGAAAAGUUCCCGACCGUCCAGCAUCUAUCGGGGUACCUCAGAGCCGGUGACUAGCGGCAACCAACCGGACCUAGACGGUGGACCACGGGGAGGUUCCUGGCAGGACACGGAGUGGGGUCGGCGUGACGUCCCGGUCCUUCUGGUCACAGUCAUCUGGCUGGUGUACUUCUUCCUCGCAGGGCUAUUCAUCACUAUCUCGGAGAGGUCUAACUACGGGAGGGGGCUGUUCUUCACCUUUGUGACGAUGACGACCAUUGGAUUGGGAGAACUCUUUACCGUGAAUCAGACUACGAAGACUUACUCCUUUGUGGCGUGUCUGAUUGAAAUGCUGAUGAGUCUCUGUGUGAUGUCAAUGUGCCUAAUUCUCCUCUUGCCGAAAAUUGUCAGGUUUGGCUCCUGGAUCAGCUCAAAGCUCAAUCUCUAAACUGUUUAGAUGAAUUAAAAUUAGGGGCAAAUUUAGGGUGCGUUUUGGCGGCUGAAACCAUGACCAAUAACUGUUUCGGUCACUGAUGAGUGUUAUUGGUUAAGACCGCCAAAACGCACCCGGGACUGUUGAGGGACUUUGGAAGAACGCUAGGUGGCAGCAGACUUACCAUGUAAAUUUCCAUUGUUUGCUUGGUUCUGAGCAUGCGCACAUUAAUGUAAGUCUGCUGGCACCUAGUGUCCCAAAAGUCUGCCAUUAUCCUGCAGGGUAUAGUAGUAUGGUUUUACCUCAUUUAAUAGUAGUAUGUAUUGUAUCGUAAUGAGUCAUUUGCUAGUUAGAUUUGAAAAAAUGACAGGUACUAGCAAGUUGCCGCUUAAAUAUAAAUACCUCAUACUGUAGAGACAGAAAUGCUAUGUUCAAUUGGUUUAGGGAAAGCUUUGGUACAGCAACCUCCAGAUGAGCAGACCCUGGUACCAAUUUGUCAUACACACUCAGUCAAAAUUGUGUAUGCGUUAAGCCUUGCCAUGACUUCCGUGACAUCUGUCGAUACCGAUGUAGUCUGAGCAGGCCCGAGUCUGUUGUUCAGCCUUUAAGCGGGAACUUGUGGCCAAUCACGUCUUUGUACCAGACGUUAUUCAAAUUUUAUUCACACUUCUAAAUGUAUUAAUGUUAUGUUCACAUUGUUUAACAAGAUACUCAAGGCACGGGAACAAAGAGAAGCAGUUUAAGACAGGUUUUGAAGUUGUUGAAUUACGAGCACCUUAAUAAUGGUUUACAAAGUGUUGCACCGCAUUCAGAAUAGCAGUCACUCUAAGCAAACCCUUUUUCUCGGCGGGAAGUGUAUAAAUAUGGGUUCUUUUACACAUCACAAGAUGCCUACGACUUAACGUCCAAAGGACGAAGCAAUAAUAGUUAAGUGUCUUUCUUAUUAGGGAAACAAGUGUCACGAUACUAAAGAACUCUAAGAUGUAAACUGUUUUACCAAAUGACAAAUGUAUAUACGAUUAUAAAACUUUAAAUAUACUACCAAAAGAGGUCCGGACCCCAAAGGGACACUAACACAAUGAAACAUGUUCAAACUUCAACAUUUUUCCCCUUCACUCGAAGUUAUACAAAAUUCGUUCCUUCGCUGAACUUAAUAUCAUUUCGAGGGAGAGUAACCAGUAUUAUUACAAGUUUUAUUCUACACGUUCAUGAGUGUCCCUGUAGGGGUCCGUAAAGAUGCCCCUUUUAUCUCUUUUUUGUGGUGUUGUAGUUUUUAUGUUGUGGUUACUAUUGUGUACGCACUAACUGUGAAUGCCACUGUUCAGCCGUAUUCGUAACUAACUAAAUUCAAAUCGGACAUCGCUUGUUCAUCCAUCUCCUUUUUACUGAUCCAAGCAUUUAAUGAGAGGCUUUCGGACACAAGGUGGCGGCAAACAAACUUAAAAUUUAAUUUAAUAUACUGAACGGGGAGAAACGAGACAUAUCCGUGAGCGAAGUAUAUUAUGAGAAAGAUGUUUGACUAUAGGGCCAUCAAAGAUUUGUCCUUUAAAAAUUACGUAAGUGGGAUAACCAAGCAUUUUUAUUAACUUUUAAAAUGGCUGCCAUUGAUUGUCAUUCUUACAUUUUUUCCUUUUCUAAGGACUAAAUGGUUUAAGCUUAUAGACGGCGUAUGCUAUGAGAAAGAUUCUUGACUAUUCGUGUGUAUAUGGUCGUCACAGAUUUGUCGUUUAAAAAAUGUAAGUGGGAUAAUCGAGCAAUGUUUUUAUAAUUUUUCAAAAUGGCUGCAAUUGAUUGUCAUUCUAACAAUUUUGUUCUUCUUCUACGGACUUAUCUCAAUGGUUUAAGCUUAAUAUAUUGCACCUGUUAUACUCUAACUGUGUGCAAAGUUCCGUGCUUGUAUCGUAAAAGGCACAAGUUCCUCACGUACUAUAUUUACGGUUUGGGUGAGGGUAUUGGCCAGACUUCUCAAUUAGUGUAUCUCAACAUAUGCACAAAAUAAUAAACAUGUGAAAUUUUAGCUCAAUUAUUAGUCGUCGGAGUU